CGUCAACCCGCCCUCUGUGCGGCGUGCUGGGAGUUGUAGUCUUCCUAACUGCGAAUCCAGGAGGAAGCGAAGCGCCUCUCAGCCGGCCACCUCAUCGCUCCGGCAGGCAGCGGCGGCGGGUGACACUCGAGUGACCAUGGAGGAGGUGGGCCGCGGGCGGACGCUUUGCCUCUUCGACGUGGACGGCACCCUGACCGCGCCUCGCCAGGUGGGAGCCUGCGGUCUCCACUCUUGAGCAUGCCUCUGGGCAUGUGCAGAGUACUUUUAACCCCUCCGUUUAGGAACAGCUCGAGGGAAGGUGGGAGGUGAAGUGCGGGGCUUUUCAUAGCUAAAAUAAGUAACAAUGAAAAAUGAAAACGCAAACCUUGCUUUUUGCUCUUAUAAUUUAUGAAAUUAUUAUUUUGCCAUUGGUGUAUUAAUAUUAAAAUACAAUAUGUAGUAAAAGGAUCCAAAUUAGAAGGCAAAUUUCUGCAACAACAGCAGCCUCAUUCAUUGUAAUUAUCUACUGUUCCUUGUUAGAAGUUCAACAUAUUCAGCUUCUGGUUUCCAGAAUGCAGCUUGUUAAUUUGGGAGCUUAUUAAGCAGCUUAUGAAUUCAUAAUUCAUAAUGAAUCACAACAACAAAUAAAAUGUUGAUCCGUCUCUUCUCUGUGGAUCUAGAAAGUCACCCCAGAUAUGGCGGAUUUUCUGCAGGCCUUGCGGAAGAAGGUGAAGGUCGGAGUUGUGGGCGGCUCAGACUUCGAAAAGAUUCAAGAGCAACUGGGAGACGAUGGUAUGAAUAGAGCACAAAGAAAUUGAGAAAGAAAUUGCUUGAGUACAUGAUAGGGGACUUUUUAUCAGCCUAAGGGCCGCAUUCCUUUGUGGACAACUUUCCAGGGGCCGCAUUUCAAUGGAAGGUAGGGCUAGAGACAAAAGGUGGGUGGAACAACAUGACUUUGACCUUUGAACAGUAGCCAACAGUCCCACCAUAUAACAGUUCUUAUUUCUGCACGGACACACACCCUUCUUCGUCCAGGCAAUUGAGACCACAGAACUGAACUGAGGAAAGAGUCCGAGGGCCACAUAGAGAGUGCUGGGGGGGCCACAUGCAGCCCCUGAGUCUGAGGUUCCCCACUCCUGGUUGAACGGAAAAGUGCUGGUGGUUAUAAGCGUUACAGCUUUCCUCUUCACUUGGCACCCUGCCUGAUCAAACUAAUUUACUCUGAAGCAACUUUCCUCACAUAUUAUUUGUGCUCAUAAACCAAGCAUGGCCAAGUACUUGCCAUCUGGCAAUGCUCUCCAUUUUCAGCCGUGUGUAAACUGCUCUUAGUUAGGCUGAAAGGGGUUUAGGCUGGGUAUCCUUGUGAAUGAAAGCUUGGCUUUAGACAAAAUCAUGGAGCAUAAGUUCUGCCUGCAAGUUGCUAGCCUGGUAGCUUAAUAGCAAUUCCAUGUUUGGAUGGCGUGAACACUGUUGGUAGCAUAUGAAGUUGCCUUAUUCCAAGUCUGACCACUAGCCCAUCCAGCUCAGUAUUGUCCACACUGACCAGCAGUGCGUCUCCAGAGUUUCAGGCAGGGGCCCCUUCCCUGGAGUGUUCUGGGACCUUCUGCAUACAAAGCAGAUGCUCUAUCACUAACCCAUGGUCCUUCCCCAAACCUGUGAGUUGGUUGCUGCUUACCCAACAGGGAAGGGCUGUUAAAUUCAUGUUGUUGCAGUUGUUAAGAUGUAAUAGUUCAUUCUUGUAUCCAGGAAGAUACAAGGGGAUUGGGGGAUAUGUGAGAAAGAAAUCUAGGACUUGUUGCACCCCACAAGAAUGACGGACCCCACAAGCCAUCUCUGCAUCAUUGUGUCCUAAUUACAUUACACACACUCCCAUGUUUGUGCAUUGCAUUGGAAUCACUGUUCAGUAUUUGCUGUCAUAUAGAGCAGGUACCAAAAAUAAUACAGCAAAGGCACCUGCCUGACAUCAAUGAGCAGGGAGUUCCAAAGUGCAGGUGCUACAAUUAUGACUAAAUUGAGGCCAACCUACCCCCAAUAUUUGAGGGCGGGUCUUUUUACAAGAGGUGCCUAAAAUGUCUCUGAUGAUGCUGUUCUUUAACAUUUGUUCUUCUUAGUGAUUGAAAAAUUUGACUACGUCUUCCCAGAAAACGGUCUCGUGGCAUACAAAGAUGGGAACCUCUUGAGUAAACAGGUGAGUUUGCGACUUGUGAUUAGCUAAGAAGGUGGAUAAUUCCCUCCCUCAAAAAUGGGGGCCAGGAGGUGCUCCAGCUUCUUGCAAAAUAAUGGUUUUCCCAAGUGCACUGACACUGCUGUCUUAUUUUUCAUUGGCCCUGUUAUGAGUACAGUCCUUUGGCACAAACCAAAGUUUAGCAGUAGAGGGACUGAUAGUUCAUGCUCAGAGACAUCAUAACAACGAAUGCCACUUACUGGAGGAGUUGCAUUGCAGCAGGGCUCGUGGACUCUCAGUGCCAUCCAGCAAGGCUGUCUUUGCGUUGCUACGUGAAAAUGGUAUUUUAAGAUCACCUUGUGGGGAAUUCUACCGCUUCAGAAAGCUGCCCUGAGGACCAACUGUCUGGGCCUUUGAGAGUGGGGCUUGUAACGAACGCAGACUCUCCUGCGAUUAACAACAUAGGAAGCUGCCUUCUACUGAUUUGGUCCAUCUAGCUCAGUAUUGUCUAUGCCAGGUUUUCCAAAACUUGGGACUACAACUCCCAUCACCCCUGACCGCUGGUCCUGGUAGGUAGGGGUGAUGGGAGUUAAGUCCAACAAGAGCUGGAGACCUAAGUUUGGAAAACACUGACUGGCAGGGCUCUUCAGAGUUUCAGGUCAGGCAGGAGUCUUGCUAAGCCCAAGCCCUGCCUGGAGGCUUCCAGGGGAUUGAGCCUGGGACCUUCUGCAUGCCAAACAGCUGCUCUGCCACUGAGCCAAGCCACCGCCCCUCCCCCCCCCCCCCCGGGUAAUUGUGGAACUGAAGCCCAUCUUCUUAUUCUUUUGUAUACUUCUUUGUGGAGACAGACUCCCCUUUGGAAAACCCUUUUUCCGGUCUACAUACCUAAUCACUUCCUGUUCUGCUUUCCACGUAGAGCAUUCAAGGCCAAAUGGGCGAAGAGCUUCUUCAAGACUUGAUCAACUAUUGCCUGAGUUACAUUGCAAAACUUAAACUGCCGAGGAAGAGGUGGGUGGUUCCAGCUUCCUUCUGUGGCCUGAGUCAGAUCGAGGCCCAUUAGACACCUCCCACAAAGUAGAGGUGGCAGAAUUGCCGGCUAUUAUCCAACCUUAGUCAUACUUGUUAUAGGCCCACUGAAAGUAAUUGACAUGUCUAACGUACUCUGAGCAGAAUUUAGAUGCCUACAACCAUUUGAAGUUUUUCAUUUGAGGGUUACCACAAAAAGCUCAUUAAAGGAACGACAUUGACUAUCAGUGGUCAAACAAACCAUUAAGGUGUCAAGGAAAUCAUCUUAUUAAAAAAAAUCCCAAGGCUCUUUAUAUGGACAGUUUUGAGCCACCAUAUAAGUAUUACCAGGCCUUAGUCACACAUCAGAUUUCUGCUACCUGGGAGUAAGUCCAUUGAACUCAGUGAAGCUGCUGAGCAAAUGUAAUACAGAAAGACUUUGUAACUCUCCAAAACCAGUUGAAGAAACAUUCUAGUUUUGUUUUUCAAAUAGUAGCCAUAUUGAACUACAGUCAUACCUUGGAAGUCGAACGGAAGCUCCUGCAGCCAAUCGGAAGCCCUGUCAGACAUUCGGCUUCCAAAAAUAGUUCGCAAACCGGAACGGUCACUUCCGGGUUUGCGGCAUUUGGGAGCCAAAACAUUUGAGAACUAAGCUGUUUGAAAACCAAGGUACGACUGUACUCUUCCCAUUUUUGACAUGUCAUUGACCUCUGAAAAUGCAUUUUCUGUUUCUCUCCCAUGUAUCUUCCUCCUUCACUACAACGGGUGGGCUUGCGUCCUAAAAAAUACUGCUGUGAUACCCCGUAACUGACCUCCCUCCUAGACCCUGAUCCAAAGAGCUUUGUUUACUAGCCUAAGUCUGAGGCAGUAACAUCUCGCCAUGUCUCUUCCUAGGGGCACUUUCAUUGAAUUCCGAAAUGGGAUGCUGAACAUCUCUCCCGUGGGCAGAAACUGCAGCCAGAAGGAGCGGAUUGAAUUCUAUGAGCUUGAUAAGGCAAGUGCACUUUUUUCCAAUGCCGUCGUAACAUUUUGUUAGCAAGCCCCCUUUAUGUCGAAGCUUCACGUCCCCUUGACCAUCAUCAGUGGCACACAGCCAGGCCCUUUGGGUGCUCUGGUUCUGUGGCCACAGGCUUACAUCUCCAUGGGGAAAGGCUGCAGCUUAGGGGGAGAGCAUCUGCUCUGCACGCAGAAGGUUCCUUAUUAAAUCCCUGGCAUCGCCAAGUAGAGACUGUAGGUAAAGGUAAGGACCCCUGGACGGUUAAGUCCAGUCAAAGGUGACUAUGGGGUUGCGGUGCCGGCGUUUGUCCACAGACAGCUUUCCAGGUCAUGUGGCCAGCAUGACUAAAUCACUACCGGCACACGGAAGACCGUGACGAGUGCCACAGCGCACGGAAACGCCGUUUACCUUCCCGCCACAGCAGUACCUAUUUAUCUACUUGCACUGGCAUGCUUUUGAACUGCUAGGUUGGCAGGAGCUGGGACAGAGCAACGGAAGCUCACCCGUUGUGGGGAUUCGAACCACCAACCUUCCGAUCAGCAAGCCCAAGAGGCUCAGUGGUUUAGACCACAGCGCCACCCGUGAGAGACUGUAGGAAUGAGGGUUGGCCAAUGCGACACCCUCCAGAUGUUGAAUUCCAAAUCCUGCAUCAUCAAAGCCAUUGCAGUCAGGGAUGAUGGGAUUUGUAGUCCAUCAGCAUCUGGCAGGCAUCAUCUUAGUCUAGAUCUACUCCAAGAUUCUGGCACAGAAGUGAAAAGGCAUUGUGACCACCCGGUUAUGACUCUGAAGUGGUUGAGAAUUAAUGCUAUAAAUGCAUGGCACAACAUAGGAGCAUAGGAAACUGCCUUACAUUGAGUCAGAGCAUUGGUCCAUGCAGCUCAGCAUUGUCCAUACUGACCUGCAGUGGAUCUCUGGGCAGGGAUGUCUCUCAACCCUGCCUGGAGGUGCUGGGGAUUGAGAAACUGGGACCUUCCUCAUACAAAGCAGGUGAUCUGUCACUGAGCUGUGAACCUUGAGUAACCGUAAAGACAUUCAGCUUUUAUCUUCCAGAGGUUUGCUGCGUUAGUCUUGUUGCAUUUUAAAGAUGAAUCAAAUACGUUGUGGCGUAAGUGGAUGCAUGAAGCCAGUUUUACCACGUCCUUGACUUCUAAUGCCAUCAUUCCUGGGUGGGAUACAGUACUGUAGUUUUCCAUUUGUGUUUUUGGGGUGUUUCUUGAUGAGAAGAUCCAGAAGAGCUGACAAAAAUCCCCCAAACACACAGCAACGGAGGAGCAAGCUUCUGGAGUGUUUUAGUAUGCACGCUCAGUUUGCACAGAGGGUGAUGGCAAGUCUCAGCAUGUCUGCAUGAACAAGAGUGUGUACCCUGAAAAGCAUCUCAGAAUCUUGCACAACUCUGUCACUUUCCACAGCUGCUAUGAUCUGCCUGUGGUGUUGCAAGCUGUAUGCCUCUAAAUACCAAUUGCUCUGAAUCACAAGAGUGCCGUUGAACUCAGGUCCUGCAUACAGGCUUCCCCUAGGCUUCCCUGUGAGAAUAGGAUGCUGGGCUGGAGGGGCCAUUGACCAUGAGGGCCUCUUCUCAUGUUUGUACGAUCUUCUGGCAGAUACUCAGGGUCUCUGUGGCAGACUCAGGUCCCCCCAAUGCUAGAAAGCUUUGAAAAUCAUUGGUGUAGCAGAAUCCACGUUCUCAUCAACGCUCUUCCCCGUUUUGUUUUUCUGAACAGAGGGAGCAUAUAAGAGAUAAAUUUGUCGCCGAUUUACGACGAGACUUUGCAGGAAAAGGCCUCACAUUCUCCAUAGGUAUUUAAACAUGAAAUGUCACUCCCCUAAAUCAUUAUUUUAUUUUAUUUUUGUGCCAAAGCACAAGGAUGAGUCUGGCUACUCAGGUGUUGCCCUCGUCUUGAUUUAUGACACGACUGGGAAAGGGAAAGGGAGAAACAUUUGCCACUAGGUUUUCAGAGGCACUGGAAGUAAAAAUAAAACAUAGGCUUGGGAUAAGGGUGUCCACACAUUACAUUCAGCAAGCGUACAGUCUGUGUACUUGCGUACUUCUACGGUUAUUUGCAUGAAAUGUUCAACAAGGGUACAGCCUGUGUGCUUGCAAGAGUUGAGUUGUACUACUCAACAAGUGUACACUCUUUCACACAAAUGCUUAGACCUGUGUUCAGUGUAAUGUGCGAACAAGCCUAGAGAAACACCUGAAUUGACAUAUUAGUCAAUCCAGGAGCACACACAAAAUAUAUUUUCUGCAUGUUACUGGGACAAGAGUUAAUUUCAGGUGCCUUGAUAUAUUCCAACACCCUGUGUUUUCUUUUCUAUUUAAGCAUGAAGCUUCUGUCCUCCCUUUUACCAUAAAUCCAUUUAACUUUAUGCUGAUGGAGAUAGCAUCUUCCAAGGUCCUUCCUGCUCAGUAAACCUUCUUCUAGGUCAUUUUUUUCUUUACACUGUACAAAACGUGCUGCUGCUGUUCUAACUUUUUGUAACCUCUCUCCAACCAGGGGGCCAGAUCAGUUUUGAUGUGUUUCCAGAUGGUUGGGAUAAGCGAUACUGUUUAGGAAUUGUUUCCCAAGACGGCUUCAAAACAAUUUAUUUCUUUGGAGACAAGACAAUGCCAGUAAGUGCUAGACUGGAACGUGCCAAGAAGUUUCAAAUACACUUUCAGGAUAAGGAUUCCUUGUGGAAUUGCAAUAGACAGUCAUGUGCUACCCUCGUGAAAUUGAUAUAUAGAUCGGGAAGGAGGAGUGUCUAUGGCCCUCUAGACACUGCUGAACUCGUAACUCCCAGCCACCCUGGCCAAUGGUCAGGGACGAUGAGACAUAGUCCAGCUAAAAUCUGGAGGGCCACAGGUUUUCCAUCCCAGAUAGCUAACUACAGUUGUACCUUGCAAGCCGAACGCCUUGCAAGUCUAAUGUUUCCGCAAACCCGGAAGUGAGUGUUCUGGUUUGCAAACGUUCUUUGGAAACCACACGUCCAACGGGACUUCCACGGCUUCCAAUUGUGUGCAGGAAGCUCCUGCAGCCAAUCAGAAGCCGUGCCUUAGUUACUGAACAUUUUGGAAGUCAAACGGACUUCCGGAGCGGAUUCCAUUUGGCUUCCAAGGUACGACUGUUUUGCAAAUUUAGCACAUACUAAAUCACAGUGAGUCACAUUGCACUCAUUAUUGCAACAAGGCAGUUACCCAUUAAAAUGGCCCCUUUUCUCCUCCCACCCCCUUUAAACAAUUUGACCUAGACCCAGUUUUCAGGGGAACUGGCCCCUCUGGCCAGCAGUACAUAGAGCAGCACAAAGUUCCCCAUCCCCACUGCACUAUGCAGAAGGCAAGAAACAGCUGGGUUUCUCCCUUACGCGUCACCUUUUCCUUCCAAAAAUAGUCUCUCCUUCAUAGCCCCCGAGAAAUUAAAUAAUACAGCUGUGUUGGCUGGGGCUGAUGGGAGUUGUAGUCCAAAUUGGCCGUGCUGGCUGGGACUGAUAGGAGCUGCAGUCAAAAAUAUCUGGAGAGCACCUAGUAGUUGGUGAAAGCUGCUAUAGCUCCACAGUUACACUCACCUGAGGCUCCACAACAGGUUAUUUAGCAACCUCUAAGAAGUUCUGGGUGUGGGGUAGAUCUCCAGUGAGACUGAAAACUCCAAAGUGUGAUUUUUGUGUGUGUGUGUGUUUCUUAUUCGCAGGGUGGGAACGACUAUGAAAUUUACACGGACUCCAGAACCAUCGGCCACAGCGUCACGUCGCCCGAGCAGACGAAACAGAUAUGUGAAGAGUUAUUCUUCAACUAGAUGCGCUUAUUUUGUACGAAAAGGGAGCAGGUUAACUUCAGGACCAAAAUUUGCAGAAUAACUGCCUUGGGGUGAAGAUCAGGAUCAAGACUGUGGUGUGCAGGAGGUUUUGGGGGGGAAUUUAACUCUUCUGUUCCCCCCUCCCCCCAAAGCUGCUGUUUGUCCAGAAAGCGGCAAUUAUGAGGCAAAUAGAAGUUAGCUGCGUCCCUCCACGGCAGCUAUUUUAAAAAUAGGGGAAAUGGUCAGACCUGUUAAAUGAAUGAUUGCCUUUCAUGUUGUGCCCAGUUUUUGUUUUGCAUGAUCACAGCUUGCCUUUCAGGCUGAUUUCCUAGAGACUGAAAAGUUCUGCCAUAACAGAAAUGUCAAAAGGCGAUUCCCGCCCCGCCUUCCAGACCAAAUUCCUCGACGCACACCUGGAUCUCUUCCAAGCAACAUGUGUGGAUGGCAUCUUCUGCCAACACUGUUCUGUCCCCACUUUCAUUUUUCUGAUUGCUGAGUAGCCCUGAAAAACAGGCCUCACGGUGGAAGCCUUGCAGGUAGAUCACAACGUCCAGAAAGGCUUUGCUUGUCCCAGUGACUUAUUGAAACAGGCAGCUGGAGGGUGGUUUUAGGGUAGAGGUAAAAUUCUGGCACAGGAGCCCAUCUUUCAUCCACCACCCACCGUUUGCUGCUGUUUCAAGGGUUCUCUGGUUUGUUUCAGAAUUUGUUGCCUCAGUAGGGUGUGUUUGGAAUUUAAUGUAUUGGAAUGCAAAGGGAUGGGAGAUUCCCACUAAUACCUCACACCUGGCUUUUUGGAAUAUAGUGCAGUUGCUAAUCCUGCCAUGCAAUUUCUGUUAAAAGCUCAUACUUCAAGUUGGACUGCCACAUUAAAAUUCUUAUGAACAGGGAAUAACGUUUUGUUUCUCCAGAUAUCUCCCUCACUCCCAGAAAAGAAACCCUCUCAUAUAUAUCAAUAGCACCCAAUUGCCUUUCUGUCAUCAGCACACUGGAUUUGCCUGGCUGAGGAUCUUCGAACUUGUUCUUGAGAAGUACAGUCGUACCUUGGUUGUCAAACGCCUUAGUACUCGUACGUUUCAGCUCCUGAACGAUCGAAACCCAGAAGUGAGUGUUCUGGUUUUCGGAUGUUUUUUGGGAAGCCAAACAUCUCACAGGGCUUCCGAUUGGCUGCAGGAGCUUCCUGUAGCCAAUCAGAAGCCGUGCUUUGGUUUCAGAACAUUUUGGAAGUCGAAUGGACUUCCGGAAUGGAUUCCGUUCGACUUCGAAGGUACAACUGUCUUUUACAUUGAGUAAAGCCAUUGUUACGCCCAGCUCGGUAUGGUCAGCAUCGCUGACUUUUCAAAACCACAAGCAGUUAUGCAAAUUAAAUGUAUUCGCAUAAUUUAUCCCAAUUACAGAACUCGUUUUUCUAAAAACUAAAAAACACCACCACCCUUGCCACAGAUUUUCAGACGGUUUAGUGCAAAAAACAAAAAACCAUGGCCAGAUUCAAUCGUAUUAGUGCCAGAGCAGGAAAUGAAUAGCUGAAAUGUCCAAAUUCAAGCCAGCAUAGUCUCUGUAACAAAGUUUAAAAAUGCACUGCAAUUCCCUUUUAUGGAAAUUCCAGGAGCAGAAGGAAGAGGGGGGCAUUGAACUUCCACAACUGGUUUCUUUAAAAAAAAAUUAAAAUCCAGCUAUUCAAUGGAAUGCAUAUCCAGUUGAGCAGGAGUCAAGCACUGGUGUAAAAUAGAAUGCAGAAGGGGAAAUCAUUCAGCAACUGAUCAUGGCUACCACUUAGAGGAGACAUUGCAAAUCAGUGAGCUUACUCACACCCGAGACAAUUUCUUCAGAACAGUCGUGUGAUGCAGCAGGGGGAGGGGGAAAUUAACGCUAUUCUAGGCUGCAUCAACAGACGUAUAGUGUCCAGAUCAGGGGAAAUAAUAGUACCACUCUAUUCUGCCACCUGGGGUCCCAUGUCCACAGUUUUGGGUGCCACAGGUUAAGGAGGACAUUGACAAGCUGGAAGGUGUGCAGAGGAGGGCAACUGAGGUGCUCAAGGGUCAGGAAGCCAAGGGGUAAUAAAAGCGAUUGUGGGAGUUGGGUAUGUUUAGCCUCCAGAAGAGAAGACUGAGAGGUGGUAUAUUAGCCAUCUUCAAAUAUCUGAAGGGCUGUCAUAUGGAAGAUGGAACAAGCUUGUUUUCUCCAAAGGGUGGGGAUUCAAACUAUAAGAAAGGAGAUUCCGACUAAACAUUAGGAUCUUAGUUGACCACCUAAUUACUUUCCUGCCUGUUGCAGCAAUUGCAAUUUGCACUGUGCUGCAUGGUUUUUAAUUAUAUUUUUAUUGCUUUUUUAUUCCUUAGAUAUUGUAUUUUAUUGUAUUACAGUUUGAAUGAUGUGGCAUUCAAGCUGUAAGACAAUAAAAUACAAUCCAGGAAGCAAUUAAAACAAUUAAAAUCAAUAUGUAUUAUUUAACGCAGUGAACGUGCCACCUCCCAUCUUCAACCAUGAGCCUACAGACAUACAAGACUACCUGAAUGAAGCUCAUGGACCACAACUGGGAACCCCUGAUGUAAAAGAUGAUAAAGUCAGGUUACAGCUGAGAUGGUACUGUGAUCCUAAGCACAUCUUUAGCCAGAUCCUUUAGCUCUUUACCCAUGAAGCUGAUGUGCAUGGGGU